AUGGCAACGGCCCAUCUCAUCUCAUCUCAUGACGAGGGAUUUGGAGACCUAGAAUGGAACGGCCGAUCUCAUCUCAUGAGUGACGAGGGAUUUGGAUACCUGAAGCCGAUUCCAUGGCACCCAUACAUGUCUUGCCUCGUCCAAGCACAGUAUCUUCACAUCUCGUCACUCCAUGAGUUGAACGGA